UACUAACCUGCCAUGGCGUCCUCCAGCACGAACCCUUCCCCACUCCCACCCAUCAAAACCGAGAUCGACUCUCAGCCAAAGAAGGCCUCCCCAGGUGGAGGUUCACGCAGCUCGCUCCAAAACUCAGACUUCCUAGCAAACUUACCUCCUCCCAGACACCCAAUGUCUUAUCGAACUUCCCCUACCCAAGAACGCGGCCAGGUCAUCCCAUCAGGUGGCCCAGCCCCUUUGACCGAUGGAAACAACAGCAAUCGCAGCUCGUCUGCCUCCUCCUCUAACCAUUGGACAUCAACCGUCGCGGCUACUAAGGGACCCUUACCCAGUGUCAUCUUUGCUAUUCCAUUCCCCGAGCCCGGCCCCAUGCUCCGCAAGACUUCCAAGACUCCCAUGUUCAUGAUAUACACGCCGCCGAGAGCUGUCUACGUAAAGCCCAAGCCAAUCAACGGUAAGAAGGAGAAGGAAGGAUUGAUCAAGAAAGUUGAGCGAAAAUGGCAAGAAGAAGUCCAGGAGGGAACCGAUGUCAAGGCCGGAAGGGUCGAGAAUCCAUCCGGUUGGAAAAAGUUUAAGGGCACCGUUAUCACUGCGGCUUCUAAGGCUUUAAGUUGGCUUCCAGACAGCAGCAUCCAAACGGUCGGCCGUUUACCACCGGGAAAAAAGAUCGGCUUGAUUACCGUUGUUUAUCCACAUGAGGACGAUGAUCUGACCUCCAGACCCGUCGAUCGACAACCUCAGGAUGUCAGACAAGGUCUCGAAGACCUCCUCAAACGGACUCGUCGAGCAGCGAUGCUUAAGACUGGAGUGUCUGGUGUGUUACUACCUGUUACAGCGGCGAUUGACACAUUGUGUAUCGUACCGCUCUUCAUCUUCGAAAUCAACAUUGUCUAUUUCAGUCUUCAAGUCAAUGGUGCCAGGAAGAUAGCGAUGCUGACCCAUGCGGACUCGAAAGCGAAGAAGCACGGAGCGAAGAGAAAUGUGGGCACGAAAUCAGGAAAGUUUCAGAGGCUGAAGCAGAAGUGUCGACGGGGCGGGCGGAAGGCUGAGCCAGAGCCGGAAGCGGAGCCAGAGCCGGAGCCGCACCCGGCCUCGCCGCCGUUACCGAACGAGCCCACGCCGGGAGAGAUCUUCAACGUCCAAAAGUCGCGUCCCAAUGUCUUCCAACCGGUGAUGGCCAACCUUUAUGCACUAUGCUCCGCCGCCGACCCGGUCGCGUUCCCUUCCAAGCCUAAGGGCUCACUCGUCCCGCCCUAUCGUCCCGACCAGCCUAUGGUCGUCGACCUCAUCGCCGCCUUCAAGGAUUGGGUCCCCGCUGAUGUCGCUUUGAGACACAACCUCGACCCCCAAGUCGUCGCUAAAGACCUGCGUCAAAGUAUGAAGAAAGCUACAAAGGCCUACAUGCGUACCUUGAAACCCGUCAAAUCCACCUCGUAAUCAAUCAGCUCUUUUUCUGCUGCACUGCAGCCUUCUUCCUCUUUCUCAUCCUUUUGCCCUUGUAAUCUUUUAUCUCACUUUGAGAUUCUUUUUGU